UCAGUUUGUUUAUAAACUUUGUGCUGUGCGGAUGUGUCGUCGCGCGCUUGUCGUCUGGGUAAAUCAAUCGCUCUGGAGAAUCUCGCUACUAGCAACGUACUUUGAAACCACUAGCCAGCCGCUUGGCGGUCCGUUCUAUCCCGUCCAUCGUCCCGCCGUCGCUGCCGCUCCGACCAACCCAACGCCCACAUCUGCGCCCACGCGGUCGAGGAAAAGCUGAGGAAAAGCGCGCGCGCGACAAGUGAAGCUCACAGGUUAGCUGUGCUCGUAUGGGUGAAACAGUGAGGAAUUGUGUUUACUUGUGUGAUUUCUUUUGUUUGCUGGCCAAUUGUGGGGCUUAAUUGAAUGCUUGUCUCAUAUGGGCCAACAGAACCCACAGGCUGCCAACAUCAACAACAACAACAACAACUGCACAAGCCUACUCGAGUGUUUCGCAACGCCAUAAAAAACACAUAUAUAUUGGAAAUAUAAAAAGAAGAAGAGGUGAAAUACCAAAGCAGUACAUAUACAGGCACAUAUCGACGGGACGAGAAGAGAAGCUAAGCCAGAAAUACUAUAUGUACAUAUAAGCAAAUGGCAUAUAGCAUAUAGCUAUAGCAUACGAAAACCAGUUUCGAACCGCCGUAGCAGAAUCGAAAGCAGCGCAGUCGCAGCGUUUUGACCGAGCCUUUAUGGCAUGGUAUACGAUUGUAUAAACUUAACUGGCUUCAUCUCACAAACAUCACUUCAUAAAAGAACUUUGGCGCCUAAGUGAAUUCCAAACAAAUCAGUGCAACCGGCAAAUAAAUAAAUCAUUUGAGGCUUCAACAACCAUAAAAUCAUGCAACCCACCGAACUGAGAAAAAUGAUCCUGGUCGUGGCCAUCGCUGCCAUUAUCCUAGCGAUCGGCGCAGGCGGCGUCCUGGGCGAAAAUUCCUCCAGCUGCGGACCGAACUUUCCGGCGGCGUGCAGUUGCGGCCAGGAAAUGUACGAAAGUGAGAUGCAGUACGUGGUGAACUGCACGAACGCAGGAUUGGUGAACACCAGCGUGCUGGAAUUUAUGCCCGAACAGGUGGAGGUGCUGAUCUUCACGGGCAACCGGAUCACUGAGCUGCCGUGGAAUGUCUUUGGCAGCAUCAACAACUACAAGCAGCUGCGCAUCGUGGACAUGAGCAGCAAUCACAUCCGCGAGAUUCGCGGCAAGAGCUAUCACCAUGUGCCGCGCGUGGAGCGCUUGAUUCUCAACCACAACAAUCUGAGCAUCUCGAGGUACGAGGACGAGGUGAAUCACCAUCACCCACGCGUCUUCUCGAACUUCAUUAAUCUGCAGAGUCUGCAUCUCACCGAUGCCUUUGAGGACAAUAGCUCGCCGCAGCUGAGCGAGGAUCUGCACGACAUCUUUGUGAACAGCCAGUUGGUAAAGUUGCAGAAGCUGCAUCUGGAGCAGAACGAGAUCACGCACUUCAAGGAUCGCAAUGUCUUCUGCGACCUGCCCUCGCUGCGUGACCUCCAUUUGGGCGACAACGAUCUGCGGGACCUCAACUUCGAGGUGCGCUGCCUGAACAAUCUUCGCUUCCUCGACCUGGAGCGCAAUAAGUUCAGCUUCGUGAAGCCAACCGAUCUUCGGGUGCUCAAUGAACUGGAGGAGCGCCCCAACCGCACGGCCAACUUGAUCGUAGACUUUAACCUCAAUCCCUUCGGCUGCGACUGCCGCACCGCUCCGUUCCGCGCGUGGAUAACCACCACCCGGGUGACGGUGCGCAACAAGGACAGCUUGAUGUGCUUCCAUUCGACGGGACAUGUGGACGCCGAGCCCGCUCACCUCCUGCAGAUGGAUAUGGGUCAGUGUGCGGACGCCAUCGCCGCCGCUGCCACAAUACUAAACACCGCAGAGGAUGAGCCGCACUACGGCGACCCGGAGGCGUCUCAUCUCCAACCUCAGGCCCAUAUCAGCGGUCACACGGCCACUCUGAUCUUCCUGCUGAUCGUACUCACCAUGAUCCUGCUGGGACUUCUGGUGGCACUUGUCUACGUCAGUAGAGACAAGUUGAAAUACAUGAUAACGCCGGUUUUCGACAAUGUGGCCAAGAAGGUGCAGUACACAUCGAUCAAGGACGAAGACUGCCCGGAGGUGCACGUUUAGGAGCUUCACUUCACCAACAGAAUCAACACAAAAAGAGAGAAGGAGAGGAAUAAAGCUCGGUUUUCACUUUUCAUUUCAAACAGAAAGCCAUUCGAUUCCCUGAAAUUGUAUCAAGGCCAAAAAAGUUCCUGCAAUUUCCAAAGGAUAUAACAUAAAAGAUUCUUCGAUUGAAUUUGUGAAGAAUUCUUUCUUACUUUCUAUUCCUGUAGAACACUAUUUGUUUGAAAUUGAAUUCGAAACCGGGCCAAUAUCCUCAGAUUAGUUUUUGCCAUUAGCGUUUCGCAAAACGUGUGCCAUUCACAAUGGAAGAGGAUGAGAUGGAGGAAACAAUAGGAUCACACUGAAGUCCCAACCAGAAUCAGAACAUCAGCCUUUGUUUCGUAGUACUUAAGCCAAUUGUUGCAUUUAACAGCGGAUGGAAUGUGGCCACUUAAAUUACUGCAACAAAACCACAUUACACAGACAAGAACACAAUUUCUUUAGAUUUAGCGGUUUUCUAUCUUAACUUUAAGUCAGUUAUGGGUUCUAUGAUUUCAAAGCAAAGAAAUCGUACGAAAGGAGAAGGCAAAGCGGGCCUGUAUCAACCGAUUUGACCACACAUAUAUAGUGACAUAUAUAUAUAUAGAAACAGACACAUAUAUAUACAUGCAUAUAUCGUAACAAACACUUUAGUGUUAUCUGUGAUUUAAGUUUAGUAGCUUUACUUUGUUGAAACUCUGCAGAAAGAACAUUUUAAAUCGAAAUUGGUCUAAAACAAACUUCAAUUCUUUUUAUAGCAUUACAGAUAAUUCUACACUCAAUGAAACUGUUUCGAUGCUUAAUAUGUUAUUAAUCAAUUAAUUUGUCAAUUAUACUAGCUGUACGAUAAUUUCUCCCUUGAUUAACUACCAAUAACAAGCAUUUUUUAUAAAUAAACAUUUGAAAAAUG